AUGAAUGCUCGCCCUCCCAUGCCUCGCGAUCCGUUCCGCGUGACUCCUCAAGAACUCCAGGAAUACAGACGUCUGUUUGAUAUAUACGAUGUGAACCACACGGGUUUCUUGGAGGCCUCGGUGGCCGCAGAGUAUCUGACGCAAAGUCGACUUCCCCAGCCGAUUCUGCACAAUAUUUGGGAGUUGGCCGAUCGAGAUCACGAUGGUUUGCUGUCAGAGUACGAGUUUAUCAUCGCCACGCACGUAACGAAGCUGGUUCAGAAGCGAAAUAUUCCGAUUCCCUCGACGCUUCCGCCCGCGUUACUCGAAGAAAACCUGGGCAAAGAGGUGAUCAAAAUCCCUCCCGAGAAGCUGAAGGAGCUCCAGCCAGUGGAUAUGGACGACUCGAAGCUGUCGAUCGAGGAGCUCCGAUCGAAAGUGGAGGGCACGAAGAAGGAUUUGCUGGACCAGGAGAAAGCGAUCACGGAGAAAUCGGAGGAGUCGAGACAGCUGACGAGCGAGCUGUGCGAGCUGGAGAAGCAGCUGGCGGAUCUGAAUAAGCUGAUCGCGAUGCAGGAGGAUUACGAUAAGACGAUCGACACGGCGUGGAAGAUGGCGAGACUGCAAUUAAAAACAACGAGGUGA